GUGUGAAAAGCAGUUGCUCGUGAAUUCCUUUCCUAAGCAGACGUAUUUCUUUGGAGCAGACUUUCGACAUAGCACUGCCUUGGGAUACAUCGACUCACAUCAGCAGCGCGCAACUGAACAGAAGAAUAUCAAGCGACUCGAUGGCGGGGGCAAAAGAUGUAACGAACUCUGAACUUUAGACACAAUAAAGAUACUCGAUGGCAGAGGCACAAACGGAUACACAAAAUGCUGAAGUUGAAUCGGCUGAAAUAUGGAUUCCACCUCCGCUUGGGACGAAAAAGAACAAGAUGGAAGAAUUGUUAAAGAUUUAUGAUAAUCUUAUUGAUUUCCUCAACCAAGAUGAUUGUGACGAAGACCUUAAGAAGGCACUUGAUUUAGCACUUUCUGGAGAUGUGUCCGUUGGGAUUAGUUCCAAAAACUACGACACAAAACCAAAAUAUCUACAAGUCAUGGAGUUGAGAAAAGAAGAUUUAAGAAGAAUGGAAUGUGGCAUCACCAUAACCGGAGACACAAGUAGUGGCAAAACCAGUCUAGUCAAUAAGCUAGUUGGACAGAGGCUGGUAACUCCAAAGGUAUUGCGAGCAACGUCCAAAAUAUGUAGGAUCCGGAAUUCAGAAACAUAUGCAAUCGAAGUUCUGGAUGUAGAUGGGAAGGUUUUGAAAGAGAAAACUACAUUCAAUACACCAAGAAAGAUUAAUAAGAAGUUAGAUACGUAUACAGAUACGAGGGACAGCAACGCCGGAAUGUACUAUAUCGACAUAUACUGUCCAUUCACUAACCUGGAUGUCAAGGGAAAUGUAAUGCUUGUUGAUACACCAGGCAUUGAUGGAGCAAAAGACAUAAAUGCAAUGCUGAUGGAGUUUCUUCCAAAUGCUUUUGGUUUCAUUUUUAUAAUUGAUGCUUCCAAAGCCGGGGGUGUGGAUGAAGACAAGCUCCUUGCAAUUUUGCGAAGUAUCAAUCAAGCCACAUACAAGAUGCCUUGUUUUGAGACAGAUGAUGUUCUCUUUGUCAUAAAUAAAUGGAAUACUCUACAUUUUCGAGCAUCUAGCAAAUCUGACGAUAGCUCGGAGGACGAAGACGAACGGAUAAGCGAGGAUGAGAUAGUCUGGAAUGAAAUUCUAACAAAAUUAAAGGCGGUGUGGCCCACACUUACACAAGACCAAAUUUUCAGACUCAAUCUUCUUAGUGAAAAUACAGCUGAUGACACUGAGAAAGAAAAAAUACAGUUCAGAAGAUUUGCUGAAGUUUUGUCACAGCUUUUGAAGAAAACUAAAAACAGAAAAGUCAAAAUGCAUAUGAGUUUGCUUUUUGAUACAAUCUGCGUUAUAGAAAGAGGAAUAGAAUCCAGAAUACACGUUGCAACGGCAGAUAAUGAAAACAUGGUCAGCGCUUUACAAGACUCCCACGCGUCUUUGGAACUGUUAGGAAAGAGGUGUAAAGAGAUUUGUGUGGAGUUGGAUGAAAAUAUUGAGAGCAGUGUUGAUAACCUGUCGAAAACAUUAUAUGAUUAUCUUAAUUCUCCUCAAGGCAAAAAUGAAAUUUUGAAUCCAAGUGGAGAAAAACCAAUUAAGGAUUGCUUCUUUUUAGUUAGAGAAGUAUCAUUACGCUUUCGGAAAGGGGUCUUACAAUGGAUAAAGGGAAAAGAUGUCGUCGAUGAAAUCGAAAAAAUCGAUAGAAUUGCUGUUGAAAAAUUUAAAGAGUUACAUCUUGAGCUGGAAAGAGUACAAGUAAGUAUCACUGGAAAAGAACUUGAGAAAAGGACAGAAGCUCUUACAUUGUCAGCCAUUAUCCUGACGAUUGGUUUGGCUCCUCUUCAUUUAGAUGAUAUAUUGAGAAAUACAAAGCAAAGGAAAAUUGAUGCAUGGUAUUCUACAUGUGUAGAGUACUUGACGAAAGAGGAACUACGAACAAUAAUAAGCAAUAUCUUUAAAGAUCAUUUUGGGCAGAGCAUUACCAGCAUAUUUGAAACAGAAUUACCAAAGGGAAUACUUAGCACAAUGUGCACCAUCAGCUAUCUCUCGACAGAACGAGAAAAGAUCACGAACAAUUUAGAAUCAAGUCUUCGUUUAAGAGACUCCCUUUACAAAAUAAAAGGUGAUAUUGAAAAUGUCGACCUAUAAUUAUAGCCACUUCAUUCAUUUUUUCAAACUGCUGUGUAAAUAUCUAUGCCAUGGAUUUACAAUAUACAAUAUUAAGCAAUUCUUAUAACGAAUCCUAUAGAUACUGACAUGAAACAUGGCUUUGUGUCGAUUUAAAAUCUUCAAACCUUAUUUGAAAGAUUCCUGGAUAUUGGCAUCGGAUUCUGCACUUCUUUUGGAUCAAUACUCUACCUUUGACAUAGGAAAACACAUAUUUUUCACUGAUCGCGAUAUAGGCAUUAUAGCGGGUGUGACCAGCCAACAGGGAAUGCUUACUCCUCUGCACAUGAUCCCACCUCUGGUGUCUCCAGGGGUCUGUUUGCAUAACUCUCUUUUUCUCUAAGAUUUCACUGUUAUCUUUGUGUGAUCAUUUAUUCUUUUAAUCACAAUUUUUCAUAUUAGAUUUUUGCGUGAUCAUUUAUGUCUUUUAAUCACAUUUUUUCAUAUUAGAUUUAAUGAUUUUAUUAAUAUAUGAUUAUGAUAUAAACAGAUAAUUAUCUCUGUUCAUGCCUUUGAUUGUGUAUAUUUUGCAGUUGUACAUUAUUCUGCCAUGUCCAUGGCCACAUAAUAUUCAUAUAAUUUCAUAUAAGCGGACUUAAAGUAUGUAAGUUACUUUCAUGUAAACCAUAUACAGCCCAGCCCGUAGACCAAACCAAAAAUUGCAAAUAGCAAAAAUUCUGGCUCCGUGGAAUUAAAUACUCUUCAGUAUAUUUGUAUAAACUGGAAGGUCCUGGGGAAGAACAAUUCGUGCACUAACCAGGUCACUUUCUGAAAAUAAAAUGUUAUUGCAUGCAUAUUUUUGUAUUUUACUAUUAAAAUAUGCAAUCUAUGGUAAUGUGAAAUGACUGAAAACAUCUGCCUUGGCAGUUGCUUAUGUGUUAGAAUUGUUUAUUAUUAUCCUUUAUUUCCAUUUGUUGUAUUUAAGCUUAAGGUGGAAAGUGGACUUUUAUUUCUAUUCAGAUAAAUUCCUCUUGGAAAUGUAAUAAUGGAUUAUGGGUUGUUCUUAUUAUCAUAUUUAUUAUCAUCACCAAUAUUGCAAAUUCUAUGUGCCAAAUAAAGGUUUAUUU